GGGGAGGGGCCGGGCUGAGGCGGCGGCGGCUCGCUCGCUCGGGUAGGGCUGGGCCGGCCGGGGCGGGACUGGCCCGCUGCGGGCGGGCGAACCGGGGAGCGGCGGAGCUAACGGGUCCGGACGGCGGCGGCGGCGGCGGCGGCGGCUUCUGCACGGGCGGAGGCGGCGGCAGGAGCGGCCAGCAUGGCCCGCGGCGCCCGGCUCUGACUGAGGGUCAUGCUGAGGCAGCCGGGCGCCUGACACGCGAGGGGAACCUGCCAAGGGAUUACUGCCAGCAGGAGCCAACGGCAAGACGGCAGGACGGCGGGCCCCUGAGGAGCGGGGAUGGGCAGAGCUGCCUCUGAGUCCGGGCCGGCGGCACCAGGAAGGAGGCCUGGGCGCUGGCUGGGAGCCUGGCACACGCUCUGCUGACCCAGAUGGCCCAGGCUGCGUUCAGAGCGGCCCGGCGCUGAGCAGCAGCCGUGCCCAGGCCCCAGGACUCCAUCGCUGCAGGAGCUCGGUGGCCCGUUAGGCACCUGCAGUGGGGCCGGGACCAGCGGGAGAAGGGACCUGCACCUCCAUCCAUGGGAAGUGGAAGGACAGGACCUGUCGCAAGGAGGAUCUUGGUCUCUGCAGCGGAGUUCUGGGACACCCCCAGAGCAUCCUGGUUUCUUCCCUCGGGGUGGGGACCCAGUUCCCCUCCCCUGGCAGAGGCAUUGUGCCCGGAAGACCAUCUGAGGGGCGGCUGCCCCUUGCAUGGAAUCAAGGCUGCUUGAAGCCCACAUGUUCUCUGUUGUGACUGGGGUUCGAGGGCUUCCCUGCUGCAGGGGACGAGGGGCUGCCUCGGUGUCUGCUCAUGAACCACAGGGACCUCGACUGCUCCGGACUGGAUCAUUUCAAGCCGCCAAAGAGGGGGACCCCCAGAGCUGGCAGCCAGCAAGCCCAAUGGACCAGAAGGCUGGAAUGGACUGACCUCCCCCUCGCCAGGGCAGCAGGAGAGGCGGAGCAUCUGUGGCCCAGCUAGUGGCAGAGGGACCCGAUGAAGCCAUAAGCAGGGGCCUCCGUGGCUCAGGGACAGGGGAGCCACUCUUGCCCACGUGCUUUCUCCUCGCCUUGAGGUCAGGCGUGGCCUAGGACCCCUGCUGCCAUCUCAUGCCCUAGGACACGCCCUUAGGCCCUAGCACGGGCAGGCCUGCCAGUGGGCUGGGAAAGGAGUGGCCCCAGGGCCGCCGGCCGCCCUCCCUCCGGGCUGGUGGUCCAGCCUCCCGGGGGCUCCGCACCAUGAAGUGCUCCCUGCGGGUGUGGUUCCUCUCUGUGGCCUUCCUGCUGGUGUUCAUCAUGUCCCUGCUCUUCACCUACUCUCACCCCAGCAUGGCCGCCCUGCCCUACCUGGACUCGGGGGCCCUGGGGGGCACCCACCGGGUGAAGCUGGUGCCUGGCUACGCCGGCCUGCAGCGCCUCAGCAAGGAGGGGCUCACCGGCAAGAACUGCGCCUGCCGCCGCUGCUGGCGCGACGCCGGGACCUCCGACUGGUUUGACAGCCACUUCGACAGCAACAUCUCCCCGGUCUGGACCCGGGAGAACAUGGAUCUGCCCCCCGAUGUCCAGAAGUGGUGGAUGAUGUUGCAGCCCCAGUUCAAGUCACACAAUACCAACGAGGUGCUGGAGAAGCUGUUCCAGAUAGUUCCAGGCGAGAACCCCUACCGUGUCCGGGACCCCCAGCAGUGCCGGCGCUGUGCCGUGGUGGGGAACUCCGGCAACCUGCGCGGCUCUGGCUACGGGCCGGACGUGGACGGGCACAACUUCAUCAUGAGAAUGAAUCAGGCACCAACCGUGGGCUUCGAGCAGGAUGUUGGCAGCCGAACCACCCACCAUUUCAUGUACCCCGAGAGUGCCAAGAACCUGCCCGCCAACGUCAGCUUUGUGCUGGUGCCCUUCAAGGCCCUGGACCUGCUGUGGAUCGCGAGCGCCCUGUCCACAGGACAGAUCCGAUUUACCUAUGCUCCAGUGAAGUCCUUCCUUCGAGUAGACAAAGAAAAGGUCCAGAUCUACAACCCAGCCUUCUUCAAGUACAUCCACGACAGGUGGACAGAGCAUCACGGGCGGUACCCUUCCACAGGGAUGCUGGUGGUCUUCUUUGCCCUGCAUGUGUGUGACGAGGUGAACGUGUACGGGUUCGGGGCUGACAGCCGGGGCAACUGGCACCACUACUGGGAGAACAACCGGUACGCGGGCGAGUUCCGGAAGACCGGCGUGCAUGACGCCGACUUCGAGGCGCACAUCAUCGACAUGCUGGCCAAGGCUAGCAAGAUCGAGGUCUACCGAGGCAACUGAGAAAGGUCUGGCCGCGACUCUUAGGGCCCGCCGCCCAGCGCCUGCCUGCCUGCACGCCCGCCUGCGCUCGGGGUCGGGACCCGAGACCAACCCCAGGGUGGCGGCUUCCGCCCACGCGCGCGUCGCAGGGCGUGGGGCGUCGCCUGGCAACGCUGAGCGCGCCCGCUGUCUGGACCAAUCAUGCUGCAGCCCAGCGAGCGCCGGCGGUUCCCUGCCAAUCACAAGACUGGGCCUGGCACCAAAUCCACGCUGGUUUAUCUCAAGUCAAUCACACUCCUCCACUCGAGCCAACUUCCGGCGCUGGGCCCGUCUCCUCCAAUCAAUGGCCUUCGGGGGCGGGCGAACCGGCCGACUCAGCCCCCACAGCCCGAGGCUCUUGGGUGGGGUUUUGUUUCACGCUUUUUAAAGGGUGGAGGUGGGAGGAGUACUUUCUUCAGUCUGGGUCCCAGCUGUCGCAAUUGCUCGAUCCUCCCCGUCCCCUAACCCCACCCCGCCAAGGAUGCCGGGAAGGAAAGGGAAGGGUGGGCCGGGGGUCCCACGUGGCCGUCCAGAGGUCCAGGAACGGUCCAUGUGACUUAGGGGAGCGCUCUUUCACCUCAAGAGGCAAAAGCCAGAACCCUUUCCAGAUCUCUCCAGGCUUCCGAGAGAAUUGUAAGGCCUCACAUUUCAUUUCAUUGUUUAGUCCGAGAUGGGUGUGAACCCACCAAAGAAAUGCAGUGAGAAUCCAGAGGGCGAGUGGCCCCCCUCAUCCUACCGCCCGUCCCUCCCCGCCUCUGGCCACCCUAUGGAAUGGCCUGACCAGGGCAAUUAAGUGUCUCUCACCAGGAAACGAACUGUGUUCAUUUACCUUUUGCUUGGGAGCGGAAGUCGCCUCCUAGCCCCUAAUGCGAAUAUAGGUGUAAGGAACUGGGCAGGAGGGGACAAGGAAGCCCCCUCACAUCCAAUGUAAGGUGCUUCUCACUCACAUGUAUUCUUGGCCCCUACCGUUUGCUACAACUUUGAGUGUCUCCUUAGGCCUUGGGCCUCCUCACCAGCCUACUUGCUCUAGGAAAAAAAAAAAAAAAAAAAAAAAUCAAAACAUGCCCUGGGAUUGAUUAGGGCGCUGCUGCUUUCUCUCUCUCUCUCUCUCUCUCUCUCUCUCUCUCUCUCUCUCUCUCUCUCUCUCUCGCACACGCACACGCACACGCACACGCACACGCACAAACACGUCUUUGGCUGGCUCAAGGGAGAGGGAGCCACUCGUGGCAAAGAAGGCUGGAGCCCAGCUGCCUGGUGCAUGCACCUUUUCCCUCCCUCAUCGCCCCAAAGAGGAGUAAGAAACCUCUUGCUUGGGGGGUGGUUUUGCUUUGGGCUCAUUACGUAGUUAACCUGCAAUGACCAGGUAUGGCUGACCAACACAAAUUCUGUAAAAACCCCGAGCUGGCCGUGGAAAUAGCUGGGAGCCUAGCUGGGGAGGAGUAGACUUGCCCGCCUGCAUGCCUCCUCCCCUGCCCCUGGGUCCCCUUCCCCAGGCUCACCUCUUGCCUUCUCGCUCUAACUCACUUUCCAUUUCCAGCUCAGGAAUGGGCUGGGAAGCUAACAACCAGGGAUUACAACUGGAAGCUACUUGCAUGAUUGAACACCCAGUUUAACCCCCUCGAGGAAGCUGUGGACGGUAUUCAAGCUUCGAGGUCAGGGGGUUUUAGGAGGGGAAAAGAGCUUCUAUGAAGCUUCAAACCACUAGAAGGACCCCUCUACCCAGCAGCGACAACACAAAUACCACCCGUUUUCUUGGUGAGUUGGUACCACCGAGCAGCCUCCUGGCUGCUGGUGUAGUUCCUGCCGCUGGCUGGGGGAACAGUAACCAGAAGAGUAUGAGAGGAGGCUUGGGGUAGAGCAGUGGGCACCCCCAAAAGUUAAUAUAUUGAGAAUUUAGCUGGAUUCUGUUCCUAAUUCCCAAAGUAGGUGAAAUAAAGAACGGGGGUGGAUUAGGGGAAGUAGGGCUUGGAUGGAUUGCCUCCUCCCACUGUUCUGGAGAGCGAGGGCACCAGUCAUUUCUUGCCAGUCUCGAUGCUUCCUGAAGAGGCUGUUUUGAGUGUUUAGAAGAUGAAAAAACAAUGCAAUUAUGCCAAACAGUAUUGAGCAGAAUAAUUUAUUUCAUUUUUAUUUGUGUGUUUGUUUAAAACAUUAAUAAACCCCCAUUCUCGAAGAGGUAGGUCCCAGCAUCCAGCUCAGAUCUCCUUUUCUGCAAUAGUUAUUUAAACAAAUGUUUUUUUUUUUAAUUUUCUUCCCUUUCUCUCUAAAUUACUAAAAAGGACAAAAAUACUA